CUGGUCUCGUGUUUUUCCGGAUGCACAUGUACGGACGAAGAAGAAGAAGUGACAUUGUAUUGUGAGGUUAGAAGAUGUUUUGCCCUGUGGUUUUGCCUUAAAAUAAAUUGAAAGAUUCAAUAAAACAGGGAAUAGUGAGUAGUCUGUGACGGAGAACAAUGGAAGAGCAUUUAACAGAAGUUAUGUUCCGGAUUUUCAACAACUGGACCGGCUUGAAAAUGGCCGUGGAUCAUUCGAUGGGAGGCCCCGACAGCAAAAAGGUUGCCCUCGAGUUUGCCAAUUUCAUGAUUCAAACCUGUCUAAACACAGCAUAUGUCGAUCGAGAGUCCGUACAAAAUGAUUUGGAGGUCAUUCUGGAUGAGGAGUUUGAAACAGUGUGCGAAGACGGUUCACCUAGGGAAAUAGCAGAGCUGGUGUGGAGGUUCAUCCUCAUGCUGAGAGCAGGUAACAUGGAGCAAUUUCAAGAAGAGUUUGAAAAGCUGCCCCAAGUUCACACGCCAUGGUUAACCCCAGUUCAAAAUCCCCAAGCGUUCCGCUGUGCAGUGAAGGAGAGUGCAAGCAGCGAGUCGAGUUCAGCCAGCGAGGUGGAGGAGGACGACGGAUGGGUGCAGGUGACCAGAAGAAAACGCUAGGGUAACCCACCAACACUCAUGUAAACAGUCUGUAUUCUUUAUUACUAAAAUUUAUCCAUUAAAGCUAAAAGAAAGUGAAGGUU